AACAUAUCCAUUGCGCGUGAACUAAUCUUGACCGUGUGUGGAAAAUAAUUAGAAUAGAUAUGGAUUAUUCUGAAAGUAGUGCUAGCGAGAGGUCGAGUGGGGUGAGACGGUCAGAUAUAACGCGGCCAGUGUCCAGAAGGGGUUUUAGAGAGUGCACACAUAGCGGAUCUGCUGUUUCCAGAAGCGGCAGCAUGAGGCCAACAUCGGCAUAUCGCGGUGGGACCACGUCUCGUAUGUCUACUGCUGGGUUUGGACCAGCACCGCCUACGGCUAGCAGGCAACCUACUGCUAUGACUGGGUUUUCUAUGAUCGACCGUCCAAUAACCCAGCAAGGCUUAUCAGGGUUGCGAACUGGAACCGCUCGAGGGUUCCGAACUAGGCAGCUUCAGGACAAACGGUAUUGGGAAGAAGUGAUGCAGGUCAAAGUACGAGAGAUGAAGGCGGAAAUAGCCAGGCUCAGUGAACAGGCCGAUGCUGGGGAGAGGGAGAAGUCAGCGAAGAAGCAUUAUGAAAAGAGAGUCAGGGAGUUGGCGCAGGAGUUGACAGAUUUACAAGGACGCUUAGCAGAUUAUAACACAGCUAUAAGAAUAGUGAAUGGAGAAGCAACGAAGCAAUCCGUUGAAGAACAAACUAAAGAGCUGGAAGCAAGUAACAAGAAGAUGCAAGAAGAGGUUGAGCAGGUGUUUUUGGAGAAACAACGCAAGGAAAAUCAACUUCGACAGUUGAGGGAGCAGAUGGACAAGGAACAAUCGACGCUGACCCAAUUGUUGCAAGAAAUGACUCCAGAACAGAAAGACCAGUACAACGAGUUGGAGAGAACAGCCGCAGCUUUGCGGGAAGAAGCAGAACAAGCUAGAACUCAGAUUGAUCACCUGAACAGGGAGAAAGAAGAAUUCAGUAAGGAAAUUUCUGGAUCACAGAUAAAAGUACAUUUAUUGGAACUGCAUCGAAGACUAGCAGCCGCUGAGGAAAAACGCGAUAACAUGAAGAAUGAAAUGAAUAACCGUCUCGAACCUCAAGAGGAGAGAGAGAAGUUGUUACUCCAAGUUCGCGAAGACAACGCUGCAAUAGCAUCUCUGGACAGCAAUGCAGCAAAUCUGAAGGAACAAAUCAAGAAAGUUCAAGAACUAAUUGAACAAGCCGAGCAGGAUCUUGAAGAAGGCAACUCAGAACGCCACCAAAAAUAUCGCGAGUUAAAAAAACGCGAAGAAACAAUGGACUCGUUCAUGGCAACUUACGAAGAAAACCUCAAGAAAGAACAAGAAAAGAUCGAACAGUUAGAGAAAGAUGUAGUAUUUGCUUUAGAACACAGCAGUUCGAAUAUUGACUUAGAUUUAAGUGAGAUCGAUAAUUUGAAGCAGAAAGAGGGAUAUACGUCGAAUUAUGAUGAUGGUAAGAAGUCCAUUGAGAUCUUGAUGAAGGAGUAUGAGAGAUUCCAGGCUAAUUUUAAAAAGGCAGAAGCAACUCGUCAACGUCUCGCCACAGAGCUACAAACAUUACCAGAAAAGACUCAAGUUAUGAAAGACGAGUUGAUAACAUUAUCAGACUUGGAGCAAUUGAGGGAGAAAGGUGAAGAGGAUAAAAAAGCGUUGGAGACAGAACUGCGGUUGCUGAGAGAAAAAUUGGCACCCACAGAAAGUGCUGUUGUUGAGGCUACCAAUAAACUAAAGAAGUUGCAGGCGAAUCUAGAUGGUAAUGAAAUGUACGUGAAGCUAAACGCGUUAGAAGAACAACUGGCCCAACUGGAGAGCAGAAAGACAGUUCUAGAAGAAGACAUUGCUUCAAUAACUUUGAAAGCAGAUUACGAACCGUUGAAGAAACAGGCAUUGGAAGAGCUAGCCGCUUUGAAUAAGAAGAUUAUUGAAGACUUGAAUAACAUAAAGUCGUAUUAAUUAUGACGUAAUGUGAAGAGACGAUUGUUUUUUUUUUAAAGAAAAAGAAAUAUUUGUAUAUAAGAGGCAACAUACAAUUUAUUUGACUUGGAUUGGUCGGUCGAUCGGUGAGUUUCAGAUAGAAAAUUCAUCUUUUGUUCAGGGCCAUUUUCGGAUUGGAAUGUCUUCGCAUUCGUUUUUUGUUGUAAGUAAUUUGCAUUUUUACAUAAGUAACCUAAAAUAACUAACAAUGCUGCUGAUUCCUCUACACACCAUUCAAUUUUCUUUUCUUAUACCUCUCAUUUUCUUAUCUGCUGAAAAAGAAAGGGGCGGAUAUUCGACAGGCAUAAAAAAGGAACACACGUCAAUUUUAGGCAGAAAUUUAAAAACCGAACAGAGAAUUAAGUUGACAGCACACGUCAAACGGGUUGCUUAUGAGCGAGACGCCAUUUUAUUCGCCCGGGUAAUAAAAGUUGUCAAUCAUCCGUCCCUUUCCUUUUCGGCGGAUACGAAAAUGAC